AUGGCAGCUGCUGCCAGGCUUAACCUCUCCCUCCCUCCCUCCCUCCCUCCCUCCCUCCCUCCCUCCCUCCCUCCCUCCCUCCCUCCCUCCCUCCCUCCCUCCCUCCCUCCCGCUCUCCCUCCCUCCCUCCCUCCCUCCCUCCCUCCCUCCCUCCCUCCCUCCCUCCCUCCCUCCCUCCCUCCCUCCCGCUCUCCCUCCCUCCCUCCCUCCCUCCCUCCCUCCCUCCCUCCCUCCCUCCCUCCCUCCCUCCCUCCCUCCCUCCCUCCCUCCCUCCCUCCCGCUCUCCCUCCCUCCCUCCCUCCCUCCCUCCCUCCCUCCCUCCCUCCCUCCCUCCCUCCCUCCCUCCCUUCCUCCCGCUCUCCCUCCCUCCCUCCCUCCCUCCCUCCCUCCCUCCCUCCCUCCCUCCCUCCCUCCCUCCCUCCCUCCCUCCCUCCCUCCCUCCCUCCCUCUCUCCCUCCCUCCCUCCCUCCCUCCCUCCCUCCCUCUUUCCCUCCCUCCCUCCCUCCCUCCCUCCCUCCCUCCCUCCCUCCCUCCCUCCCUCCCUCCCUCCCUCCCGCUCUCCCUCCCUCCCUCCCUCCCUCCCUCCCUCCCUCCCUCCCUCCCUCCCUCCCUCCCUCCCUCCCUCCCUCCCUCCCGCCCUCCCUCCCUCUUUCCCUCUCCGUCGUUCGCCCACCAGUCCCUGCGGGAGUGACCACCCAGGCAUGGCAGCUGCUCGCCAUCUUCCUCUCCACCAUCACGGGUCUCGUGCUCGGGCCUCUCCCAGUGGGCGCGUGGGCCUUCGUCUGCCUCACCUUCACCGUCCUUUCUAAGACCCUCUCCUUCGCAGCAGCCUUCAGCGCCAUGACAAACGAGGUCAUCUGGCUCAUCGUCAUCUCAUUCUUCUUCGCCCGAGGCUUCGUCAAGACAGGCCUGGGCGACCGCGUGGCGACUUAUUUUGUCAAGUGGUUUGGCAAGAGCACGCUGGGGCUCAGCUAUGGGCUGGCAGUAUCGGAGGCCCUCAUCUCGCCCACCAUGCCCAGCACCACGGCACGAGCGGGAGGUGUCUUCCUGCCCAUCAUCAGCAGCUUGGCGCGCAGCUUCAACAGCCUGCCCAACGACCCCAGCUCCAAGAAGCUAGGAAGGUUCCUCAUCAUGUCUCAGUUCCAGGCCUCCGCCAACGCCAGCGCCAUGUACCUGACAGGAGGCGCGCAGAACCUGCUGUGCAUCAAGCUGGCGCAGGAGCUGGGGGUGAUAAUUCCCAACGUGUGGGCCACGUGGUUCAAGCUAGCAGCCCUCCCAGGUCUCAUCGGCCUCCUCGUGACCCCGCUCCUCCUCUUCACCCUCUACCCGCCCGAGCUCAAGGCCACUCCUGAGGCGCCCGGGCUGGCAGAGGUGAAGCUGAAGGAGAUGGGGCCUGUCACGCCCAACGAGCUCAUUAUGGUUGGCACCAUGCUGCUCGCCGUGUCCCUCUGGGUGCUCGGAGACUCUAUCGGCAUCCCCAGCGUGGUAGCAGCAAUGAUCGCUCUCUGCGUUUUGCUCCUCUCGGGAGUGCUCUCGUGGAACGAUUGCCUCGCAGAGAAGUCAGCAUGGGACACACUGGCAUGGUUCGCGGUGCUCAUCGGCAUGUCAGCGCAGCUCAACGCCAUGGGCAUCGUGCAGUGGAUGGCUGAUAAUGUUGCUGCUGGGUUGACAGGAGCGGGUGGUGCCUGGGUUGGCAACUUCUUUAAGCUACAGGCCAUGUACUUUGGCUCGCACUACCUCUUCGCCAGCCAAACUGGCCAUGUGGGCGCUCUCUAUUCGGCGUUCCUGGCAAUGCAGCUGGCGGCAGGCGUGCCAGGUGUCCUCGCGGCAUUGGCUCUCGCUCUUAACACGAACCUGUUUGGGUCCAUCACCCACUACAGCAGCGGGCAGGCUGCGUUGUACUAUGGAGCUGGUUACAUCGACCUGCCUGACGUGUUCAAGUUUGGGGCCAUCACAGCAGCGGUAAACUUUGCCAUUUGGAUCGCAGUUUGCGCCUUCUGGUGGAAGGUCAACGGCUUGUACUGA